AUGAGGUAUGAUGAGCUGUCGAACUUCGUUCACGCUCUUCAACAUCGGAAUCUGCCUUCGGAGGAGACCCACCCCGGCUCCGGCGUCACGCACCCCGGAAUGUGGGGCACGCCACACUUCAACUACACCUCACCUCAAGGGCGCUUCAACUCUCAUACUUCACCGCCGUCGCACCGUUGCAUACCACGCUUUCACGGCUGUGAAAGCACCGUCAGGAUGCCCUCCCUCCCGUUCUCAGACCGCAUCUCCUCCGCGGCGAACAUGCAAGGCCGCAACGACAACGGCGAAGAGGAAUCCCUCCUUGGACGGGGCCAGCAAAAGGUGCGGCGUUUCUGGGAUGGCUUCAUCGACUUUGCCCUGCAGGGUAACAUUCUCGAGAUCGCCUUUGGUUUGAUCAUCGCGGCCGCCUUCACGACCCUCGUCAACAACUUUGUGCAGAACAUCAUCAUGCCGCCCAUCUCCGUCAUCUUCCCGCUCAACCGCAACAUGGAAGAAAAGUUCGCCGUCCUAAAGGGCGGCCCGAACUACACCCACGACAACAAGUACACGACCCUCGAGCGCGCCAAGGAUGACGGCGCCGUCGUCUUAGCUUACGGCUCAUUCCUCAACCAACUCGUCUCCUUCCUCUGCGUCGGCAUCUCGCUCUACGGACUGGCACACGUUUUCCAGUUCUUCUCCCGGGAGCCGAUUAUUAAGCAUACCGUUAAGUGCAAGUACUGCCGCAAGCGGAUCAGCAAUAAGGCGCAACGCUGCGUCAACUGCACCAGCUGGCAAGACGGGCGUGAGGAGCGGGCUCAUCAGUAA